AAAAAAUAAUAAUCUCAUCAAAUCAGCUGAGCCUCUUUUGGCCUCUAUUUGUGAAUGAGAGAUUUAUGCUGGGGAGGUGGGAGGGAGCGGGGAAUGCGAGGGGAGAUAAACUAGAAGAGAGUGAUGCGUGGCAUACGCAUGGGGGGGAAGUAAAUGUGGAUCCAGCAGCUAAGCCCCUGCUACUGAUUUGUGAGUGGUGGAGCGGCUUUGGCUGUCCAUUUGUAACAAGAAAGAUCACUAAAUCUAACCAGGUACUUGAAAAGUUGUCUUGGUGUUGAAUGUGAAGACGGACUGAGGAUACGGAAAAGGAAGAAUUGGUGGGAAAAAAACAGAGAGGAAGGAGUGAAGGAAGCAGACUGUUGACGACAUAAAGGGAAUAGAGAGUUUCAGAGCUAUUUUCAGGGCCUUGCUGUUGUUUCUCUCACAUGGCAAAGGGAUUUGGACAGCGGAGAGCUGUGGAUUUGGCCUUGGGGCAAAGUUGAGUUUUGGCAUGGGCUACAACACAGUAGAUAGCAGAGUAGGAGGAGGAGGAAGAAGAAGAGAAUAUAAGGCUGCAGGGGCAGAACAAAGAAGGUCAAGGUAUAUUGUUCUGGCAUCUACAGAGGAACACAAUAAAGAGUCAUCUCAGAGCGUACACUCCUGUUUAGAGCAAGCUGAACAUACCAGAAUGUUAAUUAUUAUCUGUCGUUACGCGGCGGCGGACAAUGAGGGAGUGCGGUUGAUCUGCUCCAAGUGAGCGUUUAACUCUUCCACAAAGCCGCAUAAUUACCCAUAUCGCUUCACAUAGCUUGAAAGAUUGCAGCUCAGAUCUGUGGCAAGCCCGACGUGUUUGACAAAACGCGGACAAGUCGUCGCUCAGCGUUUCUAAAGAAAUUAAACCUUUGCUAUUUGAUUUUGCUCCAGAAGGGGUUGCGUAACUGGUGGAGUGUUCCGUGGGAAUUGCACAACUUUUCACGGUCAAUGCGUAAUAGGCUCUGUGUAAGAGCCCGGCUCACUUCGAGCUGCAGAAUUCCAGAGUCUAAUGAAACCAGAGGCUGAGUCACUUUUUUUUUUUUGGAUAAGGAAAUAAUUAAACGGAGAAUGUUUUCUUUUAGUUGACGGGCCGGCCCAAUCGGAGAGUGAGGAGGGCUCUUCUUUCAUGAAUCAGAAAGGCCUCCGAGAGUCUUGAAGGCACUGCUGUGUCUGAGUGAAUGUAGUAAACACAGGUGCAGCGCAGCGCCUUCGCUCUCUUCACAACAAAUAAGAUACAGAUUUGGGACUCUGGGCAAAUAUGCUGAGCACGUGUUUGGUUAGAGGGCACUCCACAGAACUGUGAUGUUAAUGUCAUGAGAAUGGGCAGAUUAGCUGGUGUCACAUCCCUGAUACCGGCAAGAUAGAGGCCUGACCAUCAGCAAGAAAUCCUCUCCUUUCCCCCCCGCUGAGCAGAUUAGAUGUUUGGGCACUUUUUAGAAAAGGAGGAGCAGAAAAGAAGCUGUGUCUGCAUCUUUCUUUUUCACAUUACAUGCAGCCAUAACACAUUUUAGCCUGAUAGCACUGUGGGCUAUAACACAGAAAGGCUAAAAUUGGAGCAAAACAUAACAAACUCAUCCCUUGAAUCCAUUCCUCAGUGGCACCAUAUGCUCAAAAUAUAUUUAAAUCCUCUCUGGGAUUGAGAGUUUCAGGUCUGUUGCACCUGUAGUCACACCUGUGGCCGCAUCGCUGCAUCACAGUUCAAACUUAAAUAUGUUGGGUUGCUCUUUUUUUUUUUUCAAGUGCCUACAGAAUUCCUUUUCCAAAUACGCCUCACGAGUCCCAAAAUUUGACACAAUAAUGAUGGGAUGUGUCUUCGAGCAUCCAAUAACGAGCUGGUUGUGUCUUUUCUUUGUGCCGGCAGCUCAGAACAUGAGACCACCUCUCCUUUAAACUGUAACACAAUAUCAGAGUGGACGCACCACAACUGCGCUACUGUAUAUGGUGCAUAAAUCUUCCAUCUAAAAAGUCCACUUCAGUGUAAAAUUCCACACACGCAGUCAAAAUAUUUGGCCUUGUUAAGCGAGAUAUAUCUAAGAUAAGUGUGUUUUAAGUAUCAUAAAUCACCCAGUUGCGACAUAAAUCCUGUGGGGUCCUCCUCGUCCUCGUCGUUCCUCUUUGUCUGCUCCAGUUUCAUGUAAUGGUACUGGAGCACAAACAAGUCCACAUGACAUGCGCCCGCGGGCGCAUCGCGCUCACACCACUGAAAGAAUGUGGUCAUCGGUACCACCAGUGUGGUCUCGAAUGCGUCGUUGCACCUUGGGUGCGUUCACACGUCUGCUUAACAGCCAUGAACUUGUGAGCACAUCACCCCAGCACAUGUUAAUACCAAGUGUGAACAGGACCUAAAAAUGUGUUGUUGUUUUUAUUUUUUCGGUCAAGUACACACGUCCAGAAACAACAUCAUCCACGCAUGUAAAUAAACAACAAAAACGAGCUACCAUGUUGACGAGGCUUUUCAGUGACCCUUCACUGCUUCCCGACGUAACAAAAUACGCAGGCUGGGCGGAUGACAGCGACAGCGAGGAUCCAAGGGUAAAAGAUGACGAUCAGGACACGCAGAACGACAUGGAUGGCUCAGAGCUGAGGGGAGACAGCCGGACGCAUUCCGAACACGCCGGAGAAGACGACGAGGACGACGACUUGGAGGAUGAGGACGACGGAGAGGACACAGAGGGCGACCGGCCCAAGAAAAGGGGCCCAAAAAAGCGCAAAAUGACCCAGGCCCGGAUCGAGCGCUCGAAAAUGCGGCGGAUAAAGGCCAACGCGAGAGAGCGGAGCCGCAUGCACGACCUGAACUCUGCGCUCGACAAUCUGCGUAAGGUGGUGCCGUGCUACUCCAAAACGCAAAAACUGUCCAAAAUCGAGACGCUGCGAUUGGCCAAAAACUAUAUCUGGGCCCUGUCGGAGAUAUUGCGCUCUGGGAAAAGGCCGGACCUCGUGUCCUAUGUCCAGACGCUGUGCAAAGGACUCUCCCAGCCCACGACCAACCUGGUGGCGGGGUGCCUGCAGCUGAACUCCCGCAACUUCCUCACCGAGCAGCAGUGUCAGGAGGGAGGCAGGUAUGGGUCUGGCGCCUUCUCCAUGCAUUCCUACCCGUACCAGUGUGCGCGUCUAUCCAGCCCCCACUGCCAACCGGGCUCGAACUCGCAUCCACUGAGGACGCACGGCUAUUGCUCAACUUACGACUCACUAUACGGUGGGAGCGGAUCCCCCGAGUAUAACAGCCCUGAGUAUGAGGGGCCUGUCAGUCCACCGAUAUGUGUCAAUGGCAACUUUUCCCUGAAGCACCAAGGACCCGCAUCCCCGGACAACGAGAAGGGGUACCACUAUUCUAUGCAUUACUCCGGCCUGCCUGGCUCCAGACCUACCGGGGCCCACAACCUGGUGUUUGGCUCCUCGGGGUCACGGAGCGGCAUUCACUCUGAAAACGUCCUGCCUUACCAUGACAUGCACUUACACCACGAGCGGCCCCCCGUGUACGAUGAACUGAACGCAUUUUUUCACAAUUAAACGAGAAGCCUCUUGUGCGUCCCCUUGCAAUCAACAAUCUAUCCAAGGCACACUUUUUAACAAGCUUAGCAGGAUUUAAGCAUUCUGGAGGAAAUCUUUCACUCGCUGUCAUUAGUGUUUUUCUUUUCAGUCUUCAGAAUCAAUCUAUUUCGUUUUGCUAUAGUCAGGGAUGUAGUGGAGGGUUAUCCACCUAACCCACAAUCUUACUUUGCGCAAUAGAAUUUAUCCAGCUUUUCAAGAUUACAGAAACCUCUAAGAGAAAAAAUGAUAAAUCUUAUCAAGACCUGCGAGGACGAGGGAAUAUAAAACUGAUAAUACUUUUUAUGUGUGAUUUGUAUAUGUAUUGGUGAUUGUUUGCAUUUUGAUGGCUGGAAGUUCACUUAUUUAUUUACCACUACAUCACUGUCUACAGCUACACACUGACACCGGAGGGGGUUCUCUAAUAAAGAGAAGUAAAGUAAAUAAAGGAACACAGCUGAACCGCAUCACAUAUGCGAGCCUUGGGAGGUAAUGUUUUUCGGGAAUAAUUAAAUCUAAAGGAAUGCGGAGGGAAAUGCUGAGCUCGGAAAAAAAAGGUGCUAGUUGGGUUGUUUUAGCAGAAUCUGUUCUCUAGCAAAUCAAUCGCAUCUAUGCAAAACCCAACGAGACUACAGAGCGAGGCAACAAGGCCCCAGAAAGACACUGUAUGUUUCAACACUGUUGCUGCGCGCACGGGCGCCACCAGCCACAGGCCCACAAGUGCGCGUGCGCACGCACGCACACACUCACACACACACACACACGCACACGCGAACACUAGAAUUAACAUCGAAACGAAAUUUGACAGAAACAUUGGACAAUCCUACACAAAAAUAAACUGAAAUUGGACAUUUUCUUAUUUUAUGUUUUUUCUUAUUUAUUUAUGUUUAUCUUACAGUGCAUUGCACUGUACUUUGAUUUCACAUUAAAUUUUGUUGAAUGUGUUCGAUUUGCUAUGCCGAAUCAGUUUAUUAUUAAUAUUAUUUCUGCUGCACGUAUUUAUUGUGUUAUUUUUUUGUAAUUAAUGUUAAUAGUCCAUCGAAACGAAGGAACCUUGUGUUGCAGAGCAUUGUUUUUUUUUCGUUUUUUUUUUCAUAAAGUCUUUCAACUUUGUAUUCAACCAACUGUGUGGUAAAAUAAAAUGACAAUAAAUGAGACUGUGCACCUUGA